AUGCCAGAUAAUUCUUUAGAUAUUUUGUCUAAUACUCAAGAUGUUUUAAUUCAAGAAGAGUCAGAUAAUUUGCAACUGGCAUUGUCAGAUAUCAUAACCAAACAACAAGAAAUUCAGCAAUAUAUGAAACAAAUGAAGAGAAUUAACAAAAUAUCUGAAGAUACUAACAUCAAUCCUAUAUCUCAAAAAUAUGUAAGAUAUACAAGAUAUGCAAAUCGAAACAUCGAACUUUCUGCUGAAGGCUCUGAUUAUGAGAAUUUAGAAAUAAAUGAGAUGGAUGAAAGUGAACCUUCUCUAAGUGAUAAUAAAUUGAAUAAUAAUCAUAUUGCUGAAAUAUUCGAAGACUAUUCAUAUCCUUCGUUUACAUCAUUUCAAGAGUCAAAUAACACACAAUUGAAAAAUAAUGAUAGAUUUUUAUGGAUAUUAAUAUGGAUAAUGAAUUUUUGUAUAAUGUUCAAUUUAUCAGAAUGGUCAUGA